UGAAUAAAUAAAGACGGGAUGCCGAUUAAAAUAUCUUUGAAUUAAGAUGAUUAGAUUUGGAGGCUGUUUCCUGUCAGCCACGUGACUGAUGGAGAGAAACGGUUUGACAUCCCUCCUCGUGACGCGGCGCGUAAACAACGGGAACAGGGAGGACAAACACGGACUGCUGCUGCUGCUGCUGCUGCUGCAGAGUGAAGCCGUCGGUUGUGUCACCGACCACCGGCAGAUACCGGAUUAACGGAUCGAUCAGGGUGAUCGGGGUGAUCGGGGUGGUGGUCUGAGCGGCGGGGCGGAGGAGGGGAUGCGUUGCCUGGUAACAGAAGCAGGACUGAAGAGGAAAACAGGCCGACCGUCACUCUUCAUCAUGAACAUCCUCAUCUUCAACGGUCCGAGUCGUUCCAUGUUCAACCUCAGGUGUAGCUCAGUGGUUUAGGAUGCGCCUGUAGUCGUCACUGAGGGUGAAGCAGCCGUCAUGCCGUGUUCGUGUGCAGAGUGGAGGAGGUGGAUCCGUCCGCUGGUUCUGGUUUUAUACGCUCUUCUGCUGGUCGCCGUGCUGCCGCUCUGCAUCUGGGAGCUGCAGAAAGACAAGGUUGGGACUCACAGUAAAGCCUGGUUCAUAGCCGGCGUGUUCGUCUUCCUGACCAUCCCAAUUUCACUGUGGGGGAUCCUGCAGCACAUCGUGCACUACACCCAGCCUGAGCUGCAGAGGCCCAUCAUCAGAAUACUAUGGAUGGUGCCGAUCUACAGUUUGGACAGUUGGCUGGCUCUGCGGUAUCCCAGUCUGGCCAUCUACGUGGACACGUGCAGAGAGUGCUAUGAGGCCUACGUCAUCUACAACUUCCUGGUGUUCCUGCUGAACUUCCUCAGUAACCAGUACCCCAGUCUGGUGCUCAUGCUGGAGGUCCAGCAGCAGCAGCCACACCUGCCUCCGCUGUGCUGCUGCCCGCCGUGGCCCAUGGGAGAGGUGCUGCUGUUCCGGUGUAAACUGGGAGUCCUCCAGUACACCGUGGUCAGACCCGUAACCACGGUGAUAGCGCUGAUCUGUCAGCUGUGUGGAGUUUACGAUGAAGCCAACUUCAGCUUCAGAAACGCCUGGUCCUACCUGGUUAUCAUCAACAACAUAUCACAGCUGUUUGCGAUGUACUGUCUGGUGUUGCUGUACCGAGCUCUCAAAGAGGAGCUGACUCCCAUCAGGCCGGUGGGAAAGUUCCUCUGCGUCAAACUGGUGGUGUUCGUGUCCUUCUGGCAGGCAGUUUUAAUAGCGUUCCUGGUGAAGGUCGGUGUGAUCUCUGAUAAACACACCUGGGACUGGGACAGUGUGGAGGCUGUGGCUACGGGACUGCAGGACUUCAUCAUCUGCAUAGAGAUGUUCCUGGCUGCCAUUGCUCACCACUACACCUUCACCUACAAACCAUACGUACAGGAAGCUGAGGAGGGGUCAUGCUUCGACAGCUUUCUGGCCAUGUGGGAUUUCUCUGACAUCAGAGCUGAUGUCACAGAGCAGGUCCGCCAUGCUGGUCGUACGUUCCUUGGUCGUCCCAAUAAGAUGUACUUCGGUGCGGCAGCUCGACCCGAACACACGGAGCACACCGGCCUCCUCACGGCCUCCUCCCAGGACGCCAUCGCCGUGGCAGCCACAUCGAUGCCCUCCUCCCCUUCCUUGAGCGGGCGGUACCAAGGCCUCGGCCAUACCCCCGCCCCGCACUCCAUCUCCGCCCCUGCAGGGUUCACCUCCUCGUCCUGGGACAACGACAGCGACGGCUCCCCUCCUGAGGCACGUGACAGCACAGGAAGCACAUAGCCAGGGGCAGGAACUCCUCUCUUUGCGUCCUUCGUCCUCUUGUUUCGAUGUGGCUACGAACAAAGACACUCAGAUUCUGUGUUAUAGUCAGAAUAAAAAAAGAAACUUGUCUACAGAUUUGUGAAAGAGAAGCGAAGUCUCAUAUGGAUUUUAAUCGAAGAAAAGCAGAGAAAGAGUCUCUGAUGUCAAAGCCAUGUUUGUGGAGUAUUUUUAAAAUAAUCAUCUGGUUUUAAAUGUUUAAAAUCUGUAUUUUAUGUCUAAUGAUGUCAUUUUGAUAGAUGUGUCUGCAGCUGUUGAGAGGAAAACAUUUGAUGUUUUCAUCAGAGUGAAGGCAGGUUGUUCUCUUGGUUUAUUCUCCCAAGGUGCUGAAGUGUCCUUGAGCUGAGUUUGACAGUUUGUUCUGAUUCAUAAUAAAUUAACAUGCCAUAUCUAACCAUCAGAAACUGUGUUGCUAUUGUUAGUGUUAAUCUUAUUCCUCCAAACUUAGGAGAAGUCUCCAACAGCAGCCCUCUGAGGACGAGAGAACCAAGAGAUAAACUUACCAUACCAACCACAGACUGUCUGGAGAGACAUUUAUAGGCAUGGAUUUUUGGAUUAACUGCUUGCCGUCCAGACAACCCAAAUUCAGGGCAACACAGGACAGAACAGAGGUGGACCAAACCUGCAGCAACCAAUAAAUAUAAAGCUACAGUUGGUGACUUUUAUGAAAAUAACCUUGUGUCAUAUUUUCUAUUAUCUUAUCAAAUAUGAAUCAAGAUUCUAUAACUGUAUUGUCUGAGGAAGUUUGUUCCGGAGAGUAGGUGUUGCUUGGGUUUUACUUCACUGUUUCCAACAUGGCGGCCGGGUAACAAACUUUGUGAUUUACAGCUAAACAGACACUAAAAUAUGUUUCUGGAAACAUCUGAGGCGAGAAAAGGGCAUUGCAGUAACAGAAUCUUGAUGCAUGUUUGCUCAGUUCUGCCCAGUUUGACCGCAGCAGUGAUUGACAUAGCUGCGCUGUGAUUGGUUGUUUUCGGUGUGCCGUGGUAGAAUCCAGUGAAGACUAUUAGGGGCAGAAGGAGAAGAGGAGGGACGAUAAUUUUAUGCCUUCGUGCCGGCGAUAGCCAUGACCGGAGGCAUUAUGUUGACAGGUUGUCCAUCCGUCCCAUCCUUGUAAACACGAUUAAGAAUGCCUCAAGGGAAUUUCUUCAAAUUUGGCACAAAUGUCCACUUGGACACAAUGAACGGAUU